CUGAGCGGUGCUGCAGCAUCGUCGUUGUCCCGCGUCACGUGACCUGUUGCCCGUCCCCGCGGUGUGUGUGCAGCAGGGACAGCUCACUCACACGUUCAGAGGAGGAGGAGAGAGGAGACACACACACACACACACACACAUCUCUAGAGGGGAGCCAGAGAGAAAAGACGAGGAGGAGAAGAAGAAGAGGUUGACUUGUUGAAUCCUCCAUCAUGGCGCUGAGGGACGAGCUGCUGAAGUCGAUCUGGCACGCGUUCACUGCUCUGGACGUGGACCAGAGCGGGAAAGUCUCCAAAUCUCAGCUGAAGGUGCUGUCCCACAACUUGUGCACAGUGAUGAAGAUCCCACACGACCCCGUGGCCCUGGAGGAGCAUUUUAAAGACGAUGACGAGGGUCCCGUUUCCACCCAGGGGUACAUGCCGUACCUGAACAAGUUCAUCCUGGAUAAGGUGACUGAUAACUUUGACCGUCAGGACUUCAACAAAAUGUGCUGGACUCUGAGCUCCAGGAAAAACCUGCAACAGAGUCAGCUGCUCAUCUCCAACGACGACGCCUUUAAGAUUUGGUGCAUCUUCAACUUCCUGUCUGAGGACAGCUAUCCGCUGACAAUCGUCACCGAAGAGAUCGAAUACUUCCUGCGUAAGCUGACGGAGGCGAUGGGGGGCAGCUGGGUGGAGGAGCGGUUCGAGGACUACAAGCUGCAGCUGGACUCAAAGCAGCAGUGUCUGAACGCCUGGGAGCUCAUCAGCCUGGUGGGUUCGGGUCACUUCAGUAAAGCCAUUGACCGGCAGACGCUCUCCAUGGGCAUCACGGAGGUCUACCAGGAGCUCAUCCUGGAUGUGCUCAAACAGGGCUUUAUGUUGAAGAAAGGUCACAAGAGGAAGAACUGGACGGAGCGCUGGUUCAUGCUGGAGCCAAACUCCAUGUCCUACUACGUUGGCGAGGACCUGGCUGAUAAGAAAGGAAACAUCUUAUUGGAUGGAAACUGCAGUGUGGAGCCUUUACCAGACAAAGAGGGAAAGAAGUGCCUCUUCAUCAUCAGGUCGUCACUGAAAAGCUUUGAGAUCAAUGCGUCGGACAAGAAGAAGAGACAGGAGUGGAUGCAUGCCAUUCAGACCUGUGUGAGUCUGCUGCGUCAGGGCCGAAAGGCGCCGCAUUGCGAGGCUCGGCUGAAGCGGCGGGAGCUGCGAGUGAAGCAGCAGGCAGAGCAGGAGGACCUGGAGCUGAGGAUGAGGGAGCUGCAGACGGCCAAUGAGGCCAAACAGCUGGAGCUGGAGAACAUGAGGAAGGCUCUGGACGAAGGAGCGGCUCAAGCAGCAGAAGAAGAACGAAGGCGGCUUCAGACCCAAACUGAGCUCCAGGACCGCUACAGGAUGGACCUGGAGAGAGAGAAAUUGGUACGGCAGCAGAUGGAGGAGCAGGUGGCCCAGAAGUCCACUGAGCUGGAGCAGUACCUGCAGCGGGUCAAAGAGCUGGAGGACAUGUACAGUCAACUGGAGGACGCUCUGGAGGACGAGAGACGGGCCAGACAGGACGAGGAGGCCGUCCGUAGGCUACAGGCACGGUUACUGGAGGAAGAGGCCACAAAGAGGUUAGAGCUGGAGGAGAUCCAUCUGCGGCAGCAGCGGGCCAUCUCGGAGACGGAGGCUGAGAACCAGGAGCUGCAGAGGGAACGUCAGGCUAAAGAGAGCGCCCUGCAGGCUGCGAUGACACAACUGGACCACCUGGAGCAAGAGAGGCAGGGUGCCCUGGAGCAGUACCAGACGGUGAUAAAGAAACUGGAGGACGCAGCCAACAACACAAAGACCUGGAAGCACAAGGUGGCUGAACAUGAGGGCUUGUUACGGCUCAUUCAACCAGGUUCCAAGGGACAGAGGCUGAUCACUAACUGGGGUCCAGCCGCCUUUUCUGACGCAGAGCUCAACCUGAGGGAGAAGAAGUGGCAGGACAUGAAGAACCAGACAACACAGGCUCAGUAGAGGCUGAACCUUCAACAUGUUGACAACUCAGAGGAGACGAGUGGAGAGACUGCUGGGAUAUAUAUGCUGUCUGUGAUAAAAUAUAUCUAAGUGGUAACUGGAUUUUCACUAAGAUUGACAAACAUUAUUGUGAGAAAUAUUUUAUGUCAAGGA